AUGAGUACGCGCAAACUACAGCAGGAGUUCGACAAGCUCCAGAAAAAAGUCGCGGAAGGCUUACAGCAGUUUGAUGACAUUCAUGACAAAAUUGCCCUGACCGAAAACACCAAUCAGAAGGACAAAUUGGAAGGAGACUUGCGCAAGGAAAUCAAAAAGUUACAACGGUCUCGUGACCAGGUCAAGCAGUGGCUGGGUGAUAGCAGCAACAAGCUCGACCGUAAUGUGCUUCAGGACAUCCGGAGCCGCAUUGAAAAUGCAAUGGAGCGCUUCAAAGAGAUGGAGAAAGUUUCGAAAAUGAAGCAGUUUUCCAAUGAAGGGUUAGAGUUGCAGGCCAAACUUGGGGCACGUGGCUUAGAUGAAGCAAAGAAGCUAGAGGCAACGCGGUAUAUUACAGAUGUACUUGAAGAGCUCAAGCGACAAAACGAGUUGUUGUCGGCGGAUUUGGCUCAGUAUAGCCAUAAAAAGAAACUGGGCGGCAUCCAACAAGCGAUCGACGAUUUGACCGAGAAAAUCGAGCGCAACAACUUCCAUGUGGGGCGCUUAGAGCUUGUUCUUCGUAACUUGGACAACGACCAGUUAGAGCCUGAAAGAAUCGAUGAGAUUCGUGACGAUUUAGAUUACUAUGUGGAGAAUAAUCAGGCGGCAGAUUUUGUGGAGUUUAAUGAGUUUUACGAUGUUUUGGAGCUAGAUGAGAGCUUGGAGUUGAGCCAGUCUUUUACUGUCGAUGACAGUCCGCGCAAGGAGACGCCACUGCCCAGUGAGCCAAAGGAGAAGACAGUGAAAGUGUCAGACAAAGAGGCCACCAAGGUCAAGGAAACCAAGGCAGAACCUAAGGAGCCAAAAGUUGAACUCAAACAGCCAAAGCCCGAAGCAACCCGCGUUGAAGUAAAGGAGGCCAGAAGUGAGUCAAGAAGUGGGGCAGUAAACGAGGCCAAAGAAUCAAAACCCGAAGCCAAGGAAACCAAAGUUGAAGCAAGAGAGGUCCGUGACACCCCUACACGCGCACCUCCACCUGGACUUGCGGCCAGCCCACGUAAGAAGGCGGUUGCUCUGGCUUCGCCGCUGCCUGUGCUCAACAAUGAAAACAAGACGUUUUGGGACACAGCCGGCCGUCCGGCACAGCUCGCCCAGCAUCGCUUGCAUAGCCCAUUGCCAUUUUCGGCCAUCAGUCUGCAGUUGGAGACUUCACUUCUCAAUUGUCCCGAUUCGUUUGAUCUGGAACGACCUCGCCACUACAACCCAACGAACGUCCACCCAUCGUCUGUGGACUACCCUCAAGAGCCUAUGUACGAAUUACACAGCGCAGGAGUGAUGCGCAAGUUUGACACGGACACAUUGUUCUUUUGUUUCUACUACAGUGAGGGUCAGGAUAACUUGGCGAAGUGGAACGCAGCACGCGAGUUGAGCCGGCGUGGGUGGGUUUUCCAUCGCGAAACCAAACAGUGGUUUUCGCAAGAGCAAGGGAAAGCGCGCAAAGACGAGGGCUACAAGUACUUUGAUUACCAGAGUAGUUGGUUGAUUCGGCGAAAAGACCAGGUGGAGUUUGGUGCGGACGCGCGCCAAACGUUUUAA